AACAUCGUACCUGUCACCUGCCUCUGCUCUCUAUUUCUCUGCUUUCUUCUCUUCGCAAAUUAAAGUUCUCAACUUUAAACUUCUUCUGAAUCCAAGUUUCCCUUUUCUCUUCACAACACAAAAUAUCUAUCUGUGUGCUUCUUUCUUGGGCUUUCUUUGAUCAUGGGUCGCCCACCCAGUAAUGGUGGCCCAGCCUUUCGCUUCAAUCCGACUGAGGUAGGAGAAAUGGAAGUUAUUCUUCAUGAACAUGAGAAUGCAAUGCCAGCACGCGAAAUUCUCACUGCUCUUGCAGAGAAGUUCAGUGAAUCACCAGAACGUAAAGGCAAGAUUACAGUGCAAAUGAAACAAGUUUGGAAUUGGUUUCAAAAUAAGCGGUAUGCAAUAAGAGCAAAAUCAAGUAAGACUCCUGGAAAGUUAAAUAUUACUCCUAUGCCUCGGGAUGAUGCAACCCCGGUAAGGACUAUGCCUCAACAACCAACAGCUGCUCCGAUUCCUACUGCUUCUGUUACAGCAGUUUUGCCAGCAGUAAAAGCAACUCCAGAAAAUCCUGUUAUGGAAUUCGAAGCUAAAUCUGGAAGGGAUGGAGCAUGGUAUGAUGUUGCCACCUUUCUAUCGCAUAGAUAUUUGGAGACCCAUGAUCCGGAAGUGUUGGUACGAUUUGCUGGUUUCGGGCCUGAGGAAGAUGAGUGGAUUAACAUUCGAAGGCAUGUCAGACCACGAUCUUUGCCAUGUGAAUCAUCAGAAUGUGUUGUAGUAAUCCCGGGUGAUCUCAUACUUUGUUUUCAGGAAGGUAAGGAGCAAGCCCUAUACUUUGAUGCCCAUGUGCUUGAUGCUCAAAGGCGGAGGCAUGAUGUAAGAGGCUGUCGUUGUAGAUUUUUGGUUCGCUAUGAUCAUGAUCAAUCAGAGGAAAUCGUGCCGCUUAGGAAGAUUUGUCGCCGGCCCGAAACUGAUUACAGGUUACAGCAACUUCAUGCUGUUGUGAAUGAGGUAGCUUCUGUGGAUCAACAGAAGACUGGUAUGGAUCCAUCAGUACCAAAGCAGCUGAUUGCAGCAAGCAUUCAUAUGGAGACUCCUGUUGUGCAAACAAAUGUUCCUCAAACUCCUCAAGGUAUGGAUAUGGAUGUAGAUCAAAAGAAAGCUGAAACAAACAUUGAUGUUCCAUCAGUAAACUCUACCACCACCCCAGGCAAUGCCCCAUUCACUAGUGUCAUUACUACAAGCAGUGUUCCUCAAGUCACUACACAGACUCAGGACAUGGUUGAAUGAAAAUAGCUGUUUCAUUUUUUCAGACAAAAUGGGACUUACUUGAGUACAUUAUUUUAGUCUUUUAGAACUGUUAACUAUCUGGGUAGUUUUUCUUCAGCAAACAAUGCUUAUGAGUAACUCUCUCUAGCUGUUCUAUUCGAACCAUAGAAAUUUAGAAGAAAACAAGAUGAAGUUAUACAUU